AUGGGUUGCUGCCAAUCGCAAGACUAAGAACAUGAAAAAAAUAUUGAAGACAAAAUUCAUGGUAGGCAAGGAAAAGUGAUUAGCUAAGAUAACGAUAGAGAAUAAAAUUCUGAUACAUAUGAGAAAGAUUAUGAAAAAAACUAAGUAGCUAAGUAAUAAAAAGCAAUCAAUAGCUAAUAGGGUAUAAGCUCCUCUACCAAAGAGUAGACUAAUGGUAGUACAGCUAAUGAAAAGAAUACAGCAGUCAGCAAAUAGAAUAGUAAGCAUUCAUCCUCAAUAACUGAUAUACCACAAAAAGUAGAAAAGCAAAGCUAGCCAAAUGGAGUGAAUCCUAUUAGUUUUGCAACUCAAAAAUCAGAUUAAAAGUAAAAUGUAUCUGAAGACUUUAAGAUUUAGAAAAAUAUGGUUAGAAUAAGCACAUAAGAUAUAUUAGACAGCUAUACAAUAGGAAAAGUUAUAGGUGAAGGUGGAUUUGGUACUGUGUGUCUUGUUAGGCAUAAAACUACUCAAAUAGAUAGGGCUAUGAAGAUGAUUCCUAAAAAAAAGCUUAAUAAAUCAGAUGAGGAUAAAUUAUUUGAAGAGCUAGCUAUUCUGAGAUAAAUUGAUCACCCAUGUAUUGUAAAAGUAUUCGAGCACUUCUAAGAUGAAAAAUAUCACUAUCUUAUUUCUGAAUAUUGUACAGGAGGUGAACUUUUUGAAAGAAUUAAGGACGUCAGCCCAUUUACUGAAAAAGUUGCUGCUGGCUAUAUGAAGCAAAUUUUAUCAGCUAUAUCAUAUUGUCAUAUUAAUAAUAUUGUCCAUCGUGAUUUGAAGCCUGAAAAUAUUUUGUUUGACUCUAAGGCAACUAACAGCAAUCUUAAAGUCAUCGAUUUUGGUGCUUCAACUAAAUUCGAUCAUAAUGAAAAGCUUACAAAAAGAAUUGGUACUCCAUUUUAUGUAGCUCCAGAAAUUUUAACAAAAAAGCCUUAUGAUGAAAAAUGCGAUGUGUGGUCUUUAGGUGUUAUAAUGUACAUUCUUCUUUGUGGAUAUCCUCCAUUUUGGGGUUAAACUGACUAAGAAAUAUAUGAAAAGGUUAAAAAAGGAAAAUUUGAAUUUUAUGAUGAGGAUUGGGCUGAUAGAUCUAGUGAUGCCAAAGAUUUAAUUUCAAAGAUGCUUUAGUAUGAUCCCAAAGAUAGAAUUUCAGCAACAGAAGCAUAUGCUCAUCCAUGGAUUUUGAGUAAUGUUCAUGUAGAGCCUCUUGAUGAUAAAAUGAUGAAAAAACUUUCUUAAUUUGCUGCAAAGAAUAAACUAAGAAUAGCAAUUUUAAAUUUAAUGGCAAAUCAGGUGUUAAAUACUUAAGAUAAAAUAGAAUUAGUUAAGCAUUUCGAGUCUCUUGAUACUAAUGGAGAUGGUAUGCUUUCCAAAGAAGAAUUAAUCGAGGGUUACACAAAACUUUUAGGAGACUAACUUAAAGCAAAGCAAACUGUAGAAAAUGUUUUUAAUGAUUUAGAUUUGGAUGGUUCUGGAAAAGUUGAGUUUUCAGAAUUUUUGGUUGCUUGCUUGCAAAAGGAAAAAGUUUUAACAAAGGAUAGAAUUGAAAAAGCAUUUAAAUUGAUAGAUACAGAUGGAAACGGUCAGAUUACAAAGAAAGAACUUGAAGAAAUGAUGGGAGGCCUUCCAUUAAAUGAGAAAGUUUGGGAGAGUCUCUUGAAAGAUUGUGAUGUCAAUUAAGAUGGAUAAAUUUCACUUACAGAAUUUUUGGACUUACUUCUAAAUGCCAAGGAGUUAUUUAAUUUAUGA